GGGGAUCACUGCUACUAGGUCGCUACUUUCCAACAUUUUAUAUAUAUAGUUAAUUAUAAACAGAUGAGGCAGCAUAAGUUAACCCUUAUAGCUGUUGCACCAUUAGGAAUAAAUAAGCUACUUAGAUUGUUUUAUUGAAGUGGAAAUUAUAACAUCCAUCAUAGCUCUUGGUUAAAUUGGAUCUACUUCAAAACUUGCAGCUUAGCAGGAAUGGACAAUGGUGAGACCUUUUGUGGACUUGAAUUUUGCAUCCCCUGGUGAGGACUUGAGGCCGCUAGACCGUGCCAAUAAGUUAUAUUUGAGUGACCAGAGAAGCUGCUCUUGCUCUUCAUUAAUUUACUUGGGAGACAAGAUUCAUAAUUUGUAUUCUUCAAUGAUUACAUGCUUACGAAUAAGAUUAUAAACUGAGUAUUGGCAGACAUGAGAUCACAAGAGCUAAAUGUGCCUUAAUAUCUGAAUAAACUAAUAGAAGGCGUUUAGCAUCUCUCUCCAAAGCGAUCAAUAGCGCACGGUAAGGUGCCAGCUAGCUUUAUAGUUCAACGAUGCACACAAAACCCGAGAGACUUUCACUAUUGUGUUUAUAUUCUUGAAGGCUUACCGUAUACCCGAAUGUAUUUAGUUUGCCAGUUUUGACAUUACGGGGAAUCGUUCAUGCGUUAGGAUCUUGUUAGCCAUUACGGAGAAGUGUUCUAAAGGUGAUUCGCUCAAUCUUUGCAAGUUAACAAAUUGUGGUCACUCAUAUAGGAAAAUACAAUAGAAUACUUCGCGACAACUGUGUAUUAAGAAUAUACUACAGACUCGGGGGAGCAUGUCUACGGCGGGAAACACAAAAAUGGACCCUGUCUGCUCGAGGGGUGUGCGCAGUAAGGCCCGUGGUCAAGAUGUGAUAGGCUGACAUUUCCAGUCGUGGUCCAGCUGUUGUGUCGGGAAGGUGUUACGCUCUCCGUGUUGCCGAGUGUGGUAGUGGUGGCGGGAGGGUGUGUGUUAUUUCCUCGUUAUGGCAGCUCUCCCUAGCGAUAUACAGGUGGGGCACUGAGCUGUACGCUGAGCGGGCCACCCCCAGGAUGCCAGGGCUCCCCACGCCCACGCCUACCACCUCUCCGGCACGCCCGCGCCGCCACUCUCUUUCGCGCCGCCAUGCCAGCGCCGCCCAACCCGUGGUGUAGACACGCGCGGCCGCCCGCCUCGCCGGCACGGGGCGUCGGGUAGCUCCACUGUGGCUCCCGAAUUCACGUGUGUGUGUGUGUGGCGAGUGACUGAGUGACACGGUGAGAGGCAGAAGCGUGACGGAGCGGCCCGGCCAGUACGGGAGGGCGGCGCCCACCACCUGGGGGCGUAAUGGCGGAAGGGAGGCGAGAAGGGACGCAGCCUGCCAUCUAAGAGCCAUGCAGAAGGCGGGCGGUGGGGGCGCGCACACCCCUGACGGGGCGCUGCAGCACCUGGAGCAGCUGGAGCAGCUCAUCAAGACGGUGGAGGCGCGCCGGGCCGCCAGCUGCGAUCUGAGCGACGGUUCGCCCACGCCCGCCUCCCCGCAUCCCCUCACGCCCACCUCCAUCCCCAGCCGCAACGCGAACUUUUGGCGCGAGGUGUCCCCGCAGCUUUCCUACAUUGACGGCGGCAGCUCUUGCGGCGCCUCCUGCGGGCGUAGCGUGUCGUGGAACCUCUCCGACCUGCCGGGCAACGAGUGUGGCCCGCGCGCCCCACGUUCUGACUAUCGCGCCUCCUCAGACUCCCUCAAGCUGCACCAGAAUGGCACGCCGCCCCUGCCGCCCCUCACGCCCAUCACCAAAUCUGCCUCGGACACGCUGUGCUCGCCCUCCCACCAGCCCGCCGCCCACUCCGUCGUGGAGGUGGAGAAGGGUGACAUCAAGACUAAGAUCCAGAAGAGACUCAGCUUCGGCGACACUCUUGACCUGCACACUAACAUCUACACGCCCGCCGAGGAGUGCAUGGCCACCAGCCUGGAGCUGGCGGGCGCCGAGGGCACCGCCAACGGUUCCUCCACGUCCCUCGAGCGGCGGUGGACCGAGGAAGACGCCACGGGUGGACCACCGUUGGUGCGCCGCAACUCUGUGGACGCGCAGAGCCAGUACUCUUUCUACAUGGACCGCGACCUGCGCUACUACUUCCAGCAUCCGUGGCUCAGGCUCAUCAUCGCCUACCUCGUCAUCUUCUGCAACUUCCUGCUGUUUGCCGAGGAUCCCGUGUCACACUCCCACGCAGAAUCAAACAUUCCUGUGGUCGGCAACGUGUUCAGCUUCGUGUCGACCAAAUAUCCAGACGAGUGGUUUUGGAGGAUGAUCAAGGUCAUCAUGUGGCUGAUAGCAAUACUCUGCGGGAUGUUGGUGGGGAAAGUGCUGAUCCACGGACUGAUUUUCAAGAAAAUUCUACGACUCAAGAUGUUCCGAGACGAGCAGGGCUCCUGGAUGACUAUGUUCCUGACGGUGAUCGUGUCGCUGUACAUGUUCUCCUACGUGUACAACCUGAUCCUCUUCGUGGGCCACGAGAAGUACUGCAGAUGGCAAAUCGGCUCUGACAUGGACGUAACCAACGAGAGCAUGAUGAAGGCCGCGGCAACCUGCACGUGGCUGGGAGAUCUGGUGACUGCCCUCAUGGUAACAGAUAUGAUGCUGCAGGACAACUUGUAUCCGAACUGGGCGCCUGAGUUCCGUCGCCUUUACCGGAUUUCAAACGUCCCGCGAAUCCUAAUCUUCUGGUGCGGGUAUAUCGUGGUGGCAAUAGUGGUGAUCUUCCUCAUCGUGUCUGACUAUAUAUCCUGGGACGAGCUUAACAAGGGCUUCGUGGAAACUACCGAAUUAUCACGUGCAUUCCUGGCAUCCUUCAUCCUCGUCAUGGACUUGCUGAUUGUCAUGCAGGAUUGGGACUUCCCACACUUCACCUCCACCAUUGACGUUAACCUGCCAGGCUUCUCUACCUACAUCCUCCGCUGGAAGUACGCUAAGAUAUCCGUCACUGGCAAGUGGUUCAACUAUGGCAUCAUCUUUAUGGUCAUGAUUCUGGACCUCAACAUGUGGAAGAACCAGCUCUUCUACAGUCCUGGUCCCUAUGGCCAGUAUAUAGACCCCAACAGCAGCAAAGUGUACACGGUAGAGGACCCUGUGUUCAUCAGUGAGGGCAACGAGAGUAUGUGGACGUGGAAGGCACGCUCAGAGAUAGACAACGCAACGGGCCGACCUUACUUAGAAGCGGACAUGGACAUGAACUCUCGCUACAUGGACUACAGCCUCUCAGUGAAGUGUACUGCCUUCAUUCCCAACAUACUAGGUUUCAUCAUGCUCUUUACUUUGGUCUCCCUGUACGGCCGCUUCCCACCCAACCAGGACGGAACGUACGGAGGGCGGCUGAAGAAGAAGAAACGCUCAUCGUGGAGGCGAGAAAGGAAGUCAGCAUCAGAGCACUACUAUAGAGACCUGCCUUCAGGGAACCCCACCACUGAGAGGAGAGUCAUCAAGCUGAAGAAGGCACUCAAGAUUGCCAAGACCACCAAUCUAUAGCCUUGGUUGAGUCUCUGUUUCAAGGGGACCAACUUUGGCUUCUCAGGCAGAGCUAUAUAUGAGCUUAGGUUGUGCUAGUGGCUGCAUUUAACCAGAUGAGUGUAAGCAAUGCACUAGUGUAUCUGUUGUGAGUUUAUAUUUUGUAAGUUUCAAAUGAUGUCUUAUGUGGUUGUCAUUGAUUUAUUCUUUUGAAUAUACAUAUUAUGAAGAUUUAAUUUAUUUAUGAAUUUGAUGUAUGCAUAAGUUGGAAUCAGUCUUACUUAUUUUGUUUGAUGUUGAUUAACAUAUGUUAUUAAAUUAAUUGAUUUCAUACUCUGCAUGUGACAAUUUUAUAAGUGGAGGUUUUCUCGUCACAUUCUCUCCGUCUUCCGUUUCAUGAGGUUGAAUUCAAAGUCAGUGUUGAAAGAUAAGUGUGUGUGUGGCUGAGCUGAGAGCAGACAUGGAUGGUCUGGUGACAGGAGGCAGUGACAAACAGUUCAGUUGGCAGUGGAUGCGUGGAUGCAUUGACAGGCAUGUGUAUAUCUGUGACAGGACAUUUGGAAACUGUUCAUGUGAGUUUUGUAGCACUGAUUUGAUCCUUAUUAGUAUUAUCAGUAACACAUUUUCAUGUAGCUGGAGGCUUCUUUUAGUGCCAUGCAGUCACACUUUAAUUCCUCAUCAAAGGAACAAGGAAUUGUAAACUUACUGGUGAAUUUUUAAGUGUUUUGUAUUUAAGUGAUGUUGAUAUUCACAUAAUAUAGUACAGUGUACUUAUACACAUUUAUCAUUAUACUGUACAUACAUAUAAUGUAUCCAACAUUAGUUAAAGUAUUUAUUUGUGUUGAUAUAUCCUAAUAUUGUAUCAACCUCUCUUGCCAUAGUAUGUUAGAAAUUAACUCAAAAGGUAUUGAAUUGGAUAUACUGUAGUAGUGAAAAAAAAGCACACAAAAGAUACAUGAAUUUUUGAGUUACUGAUAUAGUAUGUACAAUUGUUAGUGAAGAAUGAUCCUACUAUUACAAUGGCAGACACUUGUGGUGCAUUGGUUUAGAUAUGUGAUUGUCUUUUAUAUAAGAGUGCUAACCAUUGCAGUUUUGCAUCAGGCACUGCACAUCUGUGAUAAUGCAGGUAUUUUCUUCAUUCCUUCAUGAGGCGUGAUGUGGGCAGCUACACGUCACAUAUUGACAGCCAGUGUUGCUUGCCCAUGAAAAUUUUGACAUUAUUUUCUUUAUUUUGAUGAGCAGUUGGGGCACCUUCCCCAUGCAUUAUGUGAUUAAUCAAAACAUUAGCAUUAUGUAUAACUGAAUGAUGUAUGAUAUGGAACAUUUCCAGAUAUAAUCCCCUUCUGUUGUACUGCAAAGUAGUUUACAUCUUGUUUAUUCUCUUUAUCCUAAUCACCUCACUGACUCACACAGGAAACAGUUCAUCUCCAGUGUGGUCCAUAUGAGGCAUGCUUGUCUGUCCUGCUGUAUAUCACCCUGCCACUCACUUCCUCCUGUGUUCUGCUGCUCACAGUUGUGUCUGCCUAACAACAAAAGACAACACUUAAAGGCUGCAAAUUGUGUUCAUCCUGCCAUUGUGCUCUUUGAAGUUGGUGGCUCACAGAUAAACAAACACUUAAAUCGAAAGCUCUCAUCUGACUAUUUCUUGAAAAAGAGUGAUAUAAUGAAAAAAAUAAACAAGGGUGAGGAAGGGAUUGAGAGAGCUGCAGAGGGUUAUGGCAGUUUAAUGAAACAAGGAGUUGAAAGUGCAUAAUGGUGUUAGAUAAGCAUAAGCCUGAAAACCAAUGCAGGUACUUUUAUAUUGAAUGAACCUUUCACCUCACUGUCCAACAAUAUCAGAUUUAUUAAUUUGUGAAAAUAUAGUUGUAUACAGUUGCUUAGUGUGCAACUGCUGCUAUUAUUGUACUGUCCAUAUAAUAAGAAACUAUGGUAUUGAUUGAAAAUAAUUUCAGUCGAGGACUUUAGAAUUGCAAAUCAGUGCUCUAUUCAUUCAGCUGAGGGUGGUAUCACCAAUGGCUGUUUGGCAAAUGGCCUUAUGUAUGAUAAAAUCAUUUUACAGUGUUUUCUUAAAGAAGAAUGCCUAUGUAUCAAAUGUAAGGAAGGAAAGCACAGUGAUAUCCUAAGAAGAAUAUUCACUUAUUAAGUAUCAUUAAGAAGAGUAGUUUUUUAUCAUCUAGUUGGUAGAAAAAAAAUUUAAAAUAUGUAACAUCAGAAAAGGCAUUCAAACACAAAGUUGAAAUAAUCGAUCAUAGAAUUAGUAUUAUACUUGUUUAUAUAGAGAAGAGAGAGAGAGAGAGAGAGAUUGAGAGAAAGAGAGAGAGAGAGAGAGAGAGAGAGAGAGAGAGAGAGAGAGAGAGAGAGAGAUUGAGAGAAAGAGAGAGAGAGAGAGAGAGCGAGAGUACCAAGGUGCCUAAUAGAAUAAAUUAAUGCUGGCGAGCCAAUACAGUAGGAGCCUCGCUGGGUCGUAGGAGACCCCUGUCCCUGCUGAGAAGUGGGGCCAUUUGGGCACAAUUCUUUUGACUUCACUUUGCUUUGAAUUCUAUCGUAUCAGAAGUUAUGAAUCUACAUUCUGGUUGAAUUAUUUGAUUAAUUUAUGAAAUAAUUUUUAUUCUUAUUAUGAAAAGGCAUGAAAGUCAAUUAGUGUCAUGCCUUAAAAACAUAUAGUGCCCAAUGACAUAGAUUAGUUUUACAAAUCUAGACUGCUAAAGUCAGAUCAUAAAGAUGGUGUUGUAGCAAAAAAUCCAGUGGAUGCAGUAGUUAAGAACUAUUUUCAUAAGAUUUUUCACAAUUUUGCAUGUUUCUCAUAAGUAUAGUCGUAAAGACUAAAGUUUCCAUCAUUGUGUGAAAUACUACUAUACCUCUGUGGCAUUGUAAGAGUCUUUGGAGAUCCUUGUGGGUUAGCUGUUCCCAGGAGAGGAAGCAUAUCUCUUUGAGGUAAUUCCCUUCUCAUUUGAUAGUCACUGUCAUCACCAGUUUUUCAUCCUUUCCUGAGUAUGUGUCCAUAAGGCUUAUAACUUUUCACACACAUUCUUCCCAGAUCACAGAGGAACUCAAACUUGUGUUGUAAGAAAUUCUUCCUUAUGCUCCAUAUUGUCUAUGAUUUAUACUGAGUUAUAGGUUUAUCCGAGAUAUAUAUUGCUGCUCUUAUAUUGUGUAUUUGAUUUACACACAGGUAAUCUAAUGUAUCUCAAUGUAUUAGCAGUAAAAACCUUAAACAAUGUGUAGAACACUAGGAAAGCUGGGUCUAAAAGUUGGUGCAAUCAUCUAUACUUGGUUUGGCGUAUGACAGAAUUGUAUUAGUAAACAUUGCUUGACACAUGGUGCUUAACGUGUCCUGAGGUGUGCCAUGAUACAUUCAUUGCCCGUAAAGACUUACUUUUCACACCCAUCUUGCUGCGACCACACUGGGUCCAUCUGAUAGACCCCAUAUUUGGUUCACAUUUCUGUUCUCUCUUACUUUCUGAAAGAGUCAUGUAACUCAUUAUUCUUUUGUGAGCUUGAAAUAUUUAUAUAUACAUACAUACAUCUAGCAUACAAGCUAUGAGCCAAUCCAGAAACCUUGAGUAAUAAGGCUGUAGCAGCCAUCAUAAAAUGGCCUGCAUUAUCAGCUUUAUUUGUCUUGUUGUUGCUGCUGCUUAAGAGGAUCAUGUUUUAUGUGUUGCAGCCCCACCUCCCUUCCAGUGUCCCAAGCCCUAAACUCUCAGUAUCUUUAGAAGGGGAAGAGGCUAAGGUAAUGAAUUCAUUAACUGGAUUGAUGGCAUAAUUGUUAUGCACUCAUUGUUCCUGGGGAGACAUAAUGAGGUAUGAUGUGUUCAUUGACAUACUUAACAGCAUAGUCAGCACAUAAAUCCAGUAUUUCCUGUGUUGAAUUUCUUAAGGCUCAUCAAUGCAAUACUUUCUUGUUAUCUGCUGUUUGCACCACUUCUGUUAUUUCUUCUCAUAUGUUUUCCAAAAUCUAAUCAUUGUGUAGGAAAGCAAAGAGUAUCCAGCAGGCAAACAGUGUUUGACAUAUAAACAGUAUGAAUGAUUUUUAAGUAGUAUUAAGAAAAAUAUAUAAAUGUAUGAAUUUUUUAUUUUCAUUUAAUCAUUUGAAAUUCUGCUCUCUAUUGAUCUUAUAAUUAUACAUUUCUUAAAAGCACAACUAGAAUGUUAACUAAAAUGCUACCCCAGUCUUCAUAAUGACCAGUAGCAUAUCAUAUCCAAAAAUCAAAGCCAGCCUUCUCAUCUCUGGCAAUGUAUUGCUUGUGUGCAAUGCUACCUUUUAGCCUCUUUUUCCUCUAGUGGUGCAAGGUCCUGCUGGGAUCUGGGUGGCAAUGAAUUACUGCUGCUUUCCUCUACUAAGUGGUGGGCCUCAGCUACCUGUAUGUGCUCUUGUUGUCUCACGUCAUGCCCUGCCUUGCCCAAACGUGUGUAUGCCUGGAAAGAUUCUAUCUAAAUUUGCUUUUCUACAAUAUUUUUUGCCACUAUUCAACACAGGUGGAGGAAGCUGCUGACACUGAAGUGAUAAGCUCAGUGAGUUUCCUUGUGUUCAAAGAUAAAUGUAAUUGGUAAAUUGAUGUGUAUUUUUACUGUUGGACAAUUUGGUACAGAUUCUAUUUUCAUAAAAUGCUAUCACAAUUGUACAUUUUAACUUGCAUAGCUGCAAUAUGUGAGUAUUCAUCAAGCAUUGAAAAUUCUGUAUCUUCAGUAUUUAUAUACCUUCAUUUGUAAAUCUAAAAAUAUACAUAUAUAUUGCCUGUAUUGUGUCACUGAUAAGGUUACAGGUAAUUUUGUAUUCUAUGAUUAAGCUAUAAAAGCUUAACUUCUAAGAUGACAAAGAAAGGUCCACUAACAGCAGUGUGACUUGUCUUGGAUGCAAAUCAGCCUUUUAUGGAUGAAUUGUUAAUAUGAGAUAUAGAAAUUUAUAUUUUACUCUAGAAUAAAAGAGUUGCAGUUGCUGUAGCAGUAAGUUGGAUUUCUCCACUUGUGUGAGAGCCCCAUUCACUGUGAAGGUGACAAGAGCCUUAUAAGUGUUUGUAAUGACUCAGUAAUACUUAUGUUUCUUUGCCAGUUUGCCAGAACCUCAACACCACCUUAUUACUCCUGUAGCUUAUAUUUAGGCCUUGUGGGAAUUGCAUAUGUAAUAGUGACUUAGUAAUGUUCUGCUUCCUAUGUUGAGACUAAGGAACCCAUAUGAAGUUCACUCCAAAGUCAUGUCCUCAUCAUGUAUUUAACUCUUUAAGUGUCAUGUGGUCAGUUAAUGAAAAUACAUAUAGGGUAAAGUGUUUUCCCAAUGUAAAUGUAUGAUUACCAUAGUUUGCAUUCAUUGCCUUACUUUUGUCAUGUACUCCCUGGGCCUUGCUACUUUUGUCAUCACUUCAGUUUGAGGUGUAGCAUUAGGUUUGUAUUCUAAUACACGUAUCUUUCCCAACCUGUGCUCUUCAUGUACUGUAUAUUUGAUUUUGAAUUUGUAUUUUUAUACAUUAGCAUUACCUGAUCAAGAGAUUUGAAUAUUAUGUGUGGUAUGUUUAUUAUGAAAGCACUCAUAGAGUAGCCCAUACGAGUAUAUGUCACAGCAAGUAAUUAUGGCCUUUAUUGUAAGCUGCUUGUCUGCAGUGCUCAUAGCUCACAGCUCAGCAGCCCCGGUCUACACCAGUUGGCCCCGUCAUGCAACACUUUGGCAUGAUUAAUGAGCUUUUUAUUUGUGAAGCUUUUUUCCUGGCAUGGCCUUGAUAUGGACACGUUGAGGUUGUACUUCACCACUGAAAGGCAAAUGGCUGCACCAUGAAAAUUAUCAAACUUGCAUAAUUAAUUUUACAUUAUGUUUGCAUUAUACUCUACAAACUUGUACUUUUUCCUUUUUCUUUUGUGAUUUUAUAUAAAUAUGUGACAGUUCCAUUCAAAUAUACUUACACUGCCAACUGAUGCUGCCCAGACCCAAACUGUAUGACAGCAGCAUGGAGUAAGUGUGCCAAGUAUUCAAUGGGAAGGCAGACUAAAAGAAGUAGUCACCAGGCUGGACUUUAUCUCUGGUAGUGUGCUGCUACAUGUACCGAGCUAGGACAAGGUACCACACACACACACACACACACACACACACACACACACACACACACACACACACACACACACACAUGAAUUGAAGAUCCUAUGUACGUAUGCAUAGUGAGAGUAUAUUUUCUAAGGUAUCAUAGUAGGUUUUUGAUGCAAAUAUAAUGGUAAUAUUGCAUUUAUUUUAUAUAAAAAAAAUUCAGUCACAAAAUGUAAACUACAUACUACAAAAGGGCCAUAAUUAACUAAAAACAUAAUGAUCAUUUCUUUUUAGUAUAGCUUGUACGUAGCAUUUCUACUGUCCUUUGUCUUGCUGUUGUGCCCACCCUGUGUACACCAGAGUCAAUAUAUUUUGUGGAGAAAA